CAAUUGCAAGACUCAAAGCAGAUUGGGUCUCGAGCUACUGGAGUCGAUUGUGAUCAUAUGUGCUUAUUAUUCAAUUGUCUGGGUCUAACAUAUUGCAACGUUCCUCUUGCACUCAUUCUCGUAGGAGUAGCUUGCAGAGCCACUGACGGUGAUUUGGUGUUAUCAUAGACGUUUCAUGAUAGAGUGAAUCUUUAAAUCCUAGAGCCUAGAUGAACACGAUCGAUACCAGCUCCCAAGGAUCCACAUCUGCAGACGUUUGGGACCAGCCCAGUGAUUACUCUGGCCUAGGCGCUGCAACUAAAUCACAGCGGAAGGCCCAACGGAUCGUUCCAGACGACUGGGAUAACGAUGAAGAUGAGGAAGAAGAUAACGCCAAAGUUUGGGAAGACGCAAACAGCAAAGCACCCAUGCCAGAACUCAUCAUCUCUCCCUCAAGCACCGGGACAUGCGUCGUCCCCCCUCCCCCAGCUGCCUUCCAACCGACGAUGCGCAUCCUGAAACGGCCCUCUCCCUCUCAAUCAGCCUCGAAUUUCACUACCUCGCUUUCUUCGCAGACGCGCAACACUCUUGCUGAGCGUGAGGCUCAGUAUCAAGAAGCUCGUAAUCGAAUAUUUGGAACAACGGGCGAGCGUGGCAGUGAUGAUUUGGAAAGCCGACGCGGGGUGCCGGUGAGGAACGGUAGUGGUAAGGGAGCAGAUGCUGGAUCUGCGGCGUCUGCGGUGCUGCGUACUCCUACAGGUCCGCCAGAUGCAGACAAAGGGGUGGGUCGGACCAAUGAUUUCCCUCCAAAGGGAUUUCGUGACAGGAAGAAUGGGAAGAACCAGAACAGCACAUCUUCGAGUAUGUUACCACGGACUUCGAGUUGAUUUUUCUGGUGUUCAGCUAGGUUUUUACUGUUAAUUGAUCGUUGUAUUUUUGUCUUGUACACGUUCUUAAUGCAACGCGCUUGUGAGUCGGAGAGCUCUUUCACGCCA